GUCAUGGUGGUUUCUAAUGGAGUCCUCUCGGGAACUGCGGGCCAGGUAAAUGUGGCAGAAACGGCCAGCUUUGGCAGCAUUUUUGCAGAUGAAGUAAAGCACCUGGCUGGCCGGAACUGUCCACCCUCUGUCAUGUUCCUCCCAGGCUGCUAACACUCACCACCUCCCCGAUGCUGUACAGCGACAUGCACCCCUGGUCUGGAGUGAAGCAGCACUGCUGAGACGUAACCAGUGGGUUCUGAGUGUCCGCUGCGGUCGCCAUGGACGACUUCGGCACCAGGACGUACGGCACCAGUGGUCUGGACAACAGACCUCUCUUCGGGGAGACCUCGGCUCGGGACCGAAUCAUCAACAUGGCGGUGGGAGGAUUCACUUCUGUGGUCGUUCUCCUGACUGUGAUUGGCUCGUUCGUGUUCCCCUCGUUGCCUCCACGGCCGUUGAACAUCUUCUUUGGUGCGUGCAUCCUGUUAGCAUGUGGAUCAACAUUAGUGCUGAUCUACUGGUACCGGCAGGGUGACCUGGAGCCUAAAUUCAGGAAGCUGAUCUACUACAUGCUGGCGUCCAUCGUGCUGCUGUGUCUGUGUGCCAACCUCUACUUCUUCGAUGUCAGGUAAAGUCCGCAGAGGAAGAAGAGGAGCAGGACGCGGGAACAAUGGAUGGACUCAUUGGACAGCAGCGGAAGAGUUGCAGGACCAGAAAAAUUGUAACGAAAGAAAGUUGACACACUAACUUGAAGCUGCAGAGGAUGCUGGGACUAAAAAUCAGCUGCACGUUCAAGGUUCAUGUGGGGGGAACUCUGACAACUCUGACAACUGACUGGUGCAAAUAUAUGCAAACACUGUGGACACGCCAGGUCACAGCAGGAAUCAUGAGGGGCCAUAAAGCUGCCUGGAGACCAAGUUUGAGACAAACGGGUGCGUUUACAUGUAAACAAUCAUCGACAAUCACCAUUCCAGCCACUUCCUGAAGCACUUGGAAGGAAACGUGAGGAGGUGAUGAAGCAGGUGUUGAAGGAAAAAUCUGCCUUUGAUCUGAUUAUGGUUUGCAUUUACUAUAAUUAAAUAUAUGUACAUGUUCAAACAACUGCAGUUACGAGGAAAGCUGAGGGAAGGGUUUUAUUUUCAUCUUAUCCCCUCAGAAGUCAAGUAAAGUGUGAAUCAGGUGGGAUUAACGUCAGAAUCAGGUGGGGGAUCAAAUGUCAACUGUGUUCUCUGAAUAUAUGGACAGUGGCCUCGCAGAGCUACAGCUGACAUCAGGGUAUUUAAAUGAGUCACAUCAUGUUUAGUAAUAAACAUAACAAAUCACAGAAAUGCAUUCUGCAGAAAGAAGGAUGCAUUUAGUUCUUAGUAAUGCAGAGAUAACAGGCUGUAUUUUUCCUUCACACUGGCUGCAGGUGUAGACUGUUCAAUUCAAUCCAUCCAAUAGAUGAUGCACAUGAAUGAUAUCAGGAUUCCGUUGCAGAGAAAUGCAACAGUUUGUUUUUCUUCCCUUUGCUGCUGCUUCAGUUUUAAUUAAUUACAAACUGCAUCCCUCAGAGUCUUUUCUAUUUUUUUUUUUUUUUAAUUAGUUUUUAAUGCCGGAUUAUACUGACUGCCAAUUCUUGCACUAAGCACAGUUGACUUUAUACUCGUGUCAAAGCCAUACACGCACUUGACUGUUCAGGCCAGCUGUGGCACCAAUGAAAACGAUGGAGCGCUUUAGAAAUGUAUCUGCCAUUGAAAUGUUGCACUAUUAAUCCCUCUGAGCUGCGCUUGUAGCUUUAAGUUUGAUUUGAAGGUAUUUAAAGAAUUAAGAGUGUCUGGUUGUGUUAGUACACAGUGGCACUGCUUUAGUGGGAAAGAAUGAAGAAGAAAAAGUUGGGAUCACUGCAGACCCACUAUUUGAUCACACAGCAUUAUUUUUAUGCAUGUUUGUGAUUUGGAUUUAUAAAUGAUGGUUAUAUCCUCAGAUUAAAUUAACAAAAAGUAAAUGAUCCCAGCCAAGCAGUUGGAAAAUGGACAGAUCUGAGUAUAAAAGUUUUAACUUGUAAAUCAAGUUUGUCAUCUUCACGAUUCUGCCUCAGAAAUUCAAGUUUGUUCAUGUGGAGAAGAUUUGUAUUUCAUAAAUAAUGAAGUGACACAAAUAAACCAGACUAUGAACUAGAAACCUGUAAAAUGAACUUCACGUUCCCAGUGUGCACCUAAUAGAUGAAUAGACUUAAACCCUGCCAUGUGUCAAAAUGUUGUUGGGAAGGAUCCUGACGUGAUCUGAUCUAAUCUGACAUGUUUAGUGAGGGAUAAUAUUUAAAAUACAAAGCACAGUUUGUAUGUUUGAGUGAGUGGGUGAAUGAGAACAGAAUGUAAAGGGUUUUUGUACCACCUGGACAAAGUGAAGAAGCUACUAUGAAAUGUAGAACAUAAAUAAACGUGUCCAGUGAGCGAGCUGAAGGUUCCAUUACUUAAACUUCCUCAGUGCCGCUUAAAGAGUACGUUGAUUUGAGAUUUGUGAAUUAAAUGCUGUGUAACCAAAUCCCGGAGUUCUCCAGUCAGGCUGGUGUCUGUAGAUCAGUCCUCAAACUCUGCUGCUGAUCCACGCUCAACAAAAGCCAAAACCCACGCUGCGUUCAAGAAACAGGAGGAAAUCCCGCUUUUCUCUGGAAAUAUUCUCCGCCAGGGAAUAAAUCGGCUUUUAAUCACAGCAGCGGUCUAAACACAGGAAAAUAAUGAAGUUUAUGCAGCUAAACUGGAGCUCUGACACAGAAGAUGGUAAGCAGAACUUAACAGGAUCUACCCGUUGACUUUGGUAUUUUUGUUAAGCAAAAAAAUAAUCACAAAUAAAGACAUUGGGUGAGUUGUAGCUUUGGACAUUGGAAAGAACUUCUGUUUGCUUUGUUGUCCUAUUGUUGUUUGACCUGCAAUAAAUAUGCAGCAUUUCUGACUUGAACUGUAAAGAAGGUGAAGAAACGUCCAGCAGAAGAGCCAACAUGUCCACGCUGCAGGAUUGUCGAGGCCAUGUCUCUUUUUCAUUUAAUGUUUUAUGGAAAUAAAUAUAAUUGUGCACCCUGA